AUGACGCGUCUUAGCAAGGGAAAGAAGGGUUUGAAGAAGAAGGUCGUUGACCCCUUCACCCGUAAGGAUUGGUAUGAUAUCAAGGCCCCCUCCAUGUUCGAGGUUCGCCAGGCCGGUAAGACUCUCGUCAACCGCACCCAGGGUCUCCGUAACGCCAACGACUCCCUCGAUGGUCGCGUUCUCGAGCUCUCCCUCGGUGACCUCGCCAAGGAUGAGACCCGCUCCUUCCGCAAGAUCCAGCUCAAGGUUGAUGAGAUCCAGGGUAAGAACCUCCUCACCAACUUCUACGGCAUGGACAUGACCACCGACAAGCUCCGCUCCAUGGUCAAGAAGUGGCAGACUCUCAUCGAGGCCUUCGUUGAUGUCAAGACCACCGACGGUUACCUCGUCCGUAUCUUCACCGUUGCCUUCACUGCCCGCCGCCGCAACCAGGUCAAGAAGACCACCUACGCUCAGUCCGCCCAGAUCCGUCAGAUUCGCAAGAAGAUGUUCGAGAUCAUGUCUGAGGAGGCUGUCGUCUGCGACUUGAAGGAGUUGGUUGCCAAGGUUACCUCUUCUGCCUCUGCUUCCGCUCAGGACUCCAUCGCUGUCCGCAUCGAGAAGGCUUGCCACGGUAUCUACCCCCUCCAGAACACCUACACCCGCAAGGUCAAGAUCCUCAAGGCACCCAAGUUCGAUGUCUCUGCCCUCUUGGCUCUCCACGGUGGUGCCUCUGCCGGUGAUUCCGAUGUCGGUGCCAAGAUCUCCAAGGAGUUCGUUGAGCCCCCUGUCCUUACCAGCGUCUAA